AUGGGGAAAACCGGAGGAAGUUCGUGGAUUACUGCGGUCAAGAAUGUUUUCCGGUCACCAGAAAAGAAAUGCCCUAGAAGAAGAGACCGUCGACAAGGCAACGACCUCGUCGAAGAAGACGAAGACGAACAACAGCAACAAACGAAGAGAGGAAAAAGAAGAUGGCUAUUCAAGAAAGCUUCUUCUGAUUCUUCUGCAACAGACGUCGGAAUCAACAUUAAAAAUAUUAAUUCGGCGGCUGUUGAGGUGAUUGCGGCUGAGAAACCGGAGACAGCUGCAUAUCCGGCGGCCAAGGAAGCCGUAUUUUUCAGUCGGACAUCCGUGUACCUCAAAAGACACAUGGCUGCUAUUCUCAUUCAGACAGCUUUCCGAGGAUGCUUGGCACGAAAAGCGUUUAGGGCUCUAAAAGGAGUUGUGAAACUACAAGCCCUAGUAAGAGGCCACAACGUGCGUAGAAGAGCUAGCAUUACGUUGUCUCGGGUUGAGGCUUUGGUUCGGGUCCAGGCUAGGGUUCUUGAUCACCGUAAGAAACUAACGACCAGUCCAGGCGUCGAAGCUGGCUUGUCUCGUGCUUUCUCUAAACAGAUGUGGAGAACCACAGCAAGAGAAGCACAUAGUGAAAGCGAACUAGAGGACAAAAGACCGAGAAGAUUAAACCGGAUAGGUUAUCAAGAAACCGGAAGGAGAAUGUCAACCGAUCAGACUAUCGUUGAACCGAUCAAGAUUGUCGAGAUCGAUACGUAUAAUACGUACUCAUACCACCACCAACAACUCAACGACAGGACGCCACGUGUGAACACUUGCGUCACAAGGCAAGUCCAUACAAGACCAAGUUACAUGUCUACCACUGUCUCAACCGUGGCUAGGUUUCGGCCACAAAGCGUACCAAGGCAACGACCAAAUCGGACUGGAUUAGAUGACAACGAACCAAGAACAAAUCGGACUGCAUUUCACAAAGACACUCCGCAAUCGCAUGAUUACUUUUGGAACGACAAGAAAAUGGAUGCUCAUGAAGAUUUUUCAUUACUAACUUAA